CCAUAAAAACCCAGAAGAAGAAGCAGGCGAGCGGUUAGAGCGCAGCACCAGCGACCGCCGUCUUUAACCCUAAACAUUCACAGCUUUUCCUCAAGAGAGACUCCGGGAGAACAUGGAGAGGAAAAGGUGGGAGUGCUCGGCUCUCCCAAAUGGUUGGAAAAUGGAAGAAGUGACCAGAAAGUCGGGCUUGUCCGCGGGGAAAAGUGAUGUCUAUUAUUUUAGUCCAACAGGGAAGAAGUUUCGGAGUAAACCACAGCUGGUUCGAUAUCUGGGAAACUCCAUGGAUCUCAGCUCCUUUGAUUUCCGCACAGGGAAGAUGCUCAUGAGCAAACUGAACAAGAACAGGCAGCAGAUCCGCUAUGAUCACAGUCAGAGCAAGGGUAAACCUGAUCUGAACACGUCACUGCCGGUCCGACAGACCGCAUCCAUCUUCAAACAGCCCGUCACCAAGGUCACAAAUCACCCUAGCAACAAGGUUAAGAUGGACCCUCAGAAAGCUGUGGAGCAGCCCAGACAGCUGUUCUGGGAGAAAAAGCUGAGCGGACUCAACACUUAUGAUAUCGCAGAGGAGCUGGUGAAGACCAUGGAUCUUCCCAAAGGAUUGCAAGGUGUGGGUCCGGGUUACACAGAUAAGACGCUGCUCUCGGCUCUAGCGAGCGCCCUGCACACCAGCUCGGCUCCCAUCACGGGUCAGCUGUCCGCCGCGGUGGAGAAGAACCCCGGAGUCUGGCUCAACACCACACAGCCGCUGUGCAAAGCCUUCAUGGUGACGGACGAAGACAUCAGGAAGCAGGAGGAUCUGGUGUACAGCGUGAGGAAGAGGCUGGAGGAAGCGCUCAUGGCAGACAUGCUCGCACACAUAGAGGAAGCCGCCACCGAGGCCAGAUCUCUGAAGGAAGAGUCCAACGACGAGGAAACGGAGUCUGUAUAGCUGAAAGCGUCCUGGACGGCAGUAUUUUUCCUCCCAAACCCAAAGACGCUCUCAGACUCAGACCUGAGCUGAUCCUAUGCAGAACCUGCCUCUCUUCUCACACUCCACUGUGAACACUUGUUUUACCAAAACAUUUCAAGCAGUUUUAUUUUUCUAACUUGAGCUUGUUUGAAGUGGAUUAGCUCUAUUUUUGUACAGUAAGAGCUUAAAGUUUGGGUUUCCAGCGUAACGCAGCGGGUUCGAGUCAGUAUGACGGAUGCCCAGGAGGUUUUUUUAUAUAUUUCAAAUCAUGAAAGUUUCACACAAAUUAGUUUUUUAUACAAACAAAAUGGCAUGUUUUUUUUUUAUGACCGAUUCUGGAAAUAAUACUGGUUUGUGACGGCUGGUACAAAUACGGUGCUCGAUUCUUCCUGGUUCCUUUAUAUUUUCGCUUUCGUUACAGUGAUGUUUGAGUGUAGACAUCACAUAUAAGCUCUUACGUUGGUGCUUCGGUGUUUGUAUUCAUGAAUUUGUCAAUGCAUAGCUGAUAUCAUUGAAUAUUAUGAGAAAUGGGCAGUUAUUUUUUUUUGGAUCAAGCUGUUUGUGUUGCUGUGUGAAGCUGGUACAGUGGUCAUCAUUCACUGAUGUGGCGUGGUUUAUUAUUAUGGACUGAAAUCUACACGAUGCAUCGGUGUUUGCUCCGUAGAUGGCUUGUUUUUCACUUACACUAAUGCUUCACACACCCAUGAGUGAAUUUAAUAGAUGAUUGACUCAUACCCUGGUGUUUUGUUCUUCACAAAUGAUUGCAUUGUACAGUCAUAUUUGAAAUAUGCAGGAGAGGUGUUUUUUUGUAUGUUGCCCUUUAUUGCAAGAAAACUUAGAUCACUUUUUGAAAAUACAAAGCUUGUAGCUGAAGGACACAUCAUUUUGUAAACUUGGAAAAUAAAAGUCUUUCAACACA